AUGUUUAGACAAAUAGAGAACAGCAUUAAAUUGUACGAUGGUAUAAGUUCUAUUAAUGGUGUCCAACAAUAGUAAUUUCCUGACAACAGAAAUAAUCAUGCAAGCCGAAUUGAAUACAAUCCUUUAUGAAAAUUAAAAUGUUCUACUGUUUUUUUUUAAGGAGGGAGGAAAUGAAACAAUUUGUUGAUGGUUCCGUUUCAAAUAUAUAAAGAAUGUCUUUAAUUAAUGACUUUUAGUUCACGUUGAGAUUCCUCAAAAACACACAUAAAUAUCACAAGGUGAAAGACGUCUAGUAUAUCUAUUUAUAUUUGUUUCUACUUUAAAUUUGUCAAUUGUGAAGAAAGGGAAGGACAUAAAUCUAAGGAUUGAAAUUGUGCAGUAAUUAAAAAUAUUAUCACGUUUGAUUUCAUCUUCACGUUCCUGUUAAAAACCGCAUGCCGCAUAAUAGUUGAGAAGAAAAUACUUAAAAAAACAUUGGAAUAGGACUUUUUAUUUGUGUUCUGGUAUAACUAUGGUUUGGAUGGAUGUCUGGCAGACAUUUAUGAUAACUCUAAUUGCUUGUUUCAUAUGGAACAGCAAUGCAGCACCGUACAGAGGAAGAAAAUCUAGUGGAGGAAAAAAGAAAUUAACUGUACACGUAGCCCGGAAGUCACCAGAUGUUAGAGACCCUAUCAUUGAAGUCAAGUCUGCAUCAAGUGGUGCUGAGAGACCUCAUGAUUUUGUGCGAAAGCCUUCGAUAGAUUUCAGAGUUACUGUAAGGAAAAAUAAGCGAACUCGUAUCAAGAAACGAAAGAAGAGAGAAGCCAGGAUCAACCAUAACGCUGCUCUGCUUUCCGCGACUCCCACGAAUCGAAGGUUAUAUAAACUUGCCAAUAAAUUGGGUGUGUAUAUAAGAAUACAUAUGAAUGGAACGAUUGAUGGAACGACAAACAGAAAUGACCCAGGAACAUUAUUUGUUAUGGAAUCUCACGGACCAAGCAUUUUACGCAUCAAAGGAAUUUCAUCUGGACGAUAUAUCACGAUGAACAAGAAGGGUGUGGCGAGGGCGGAGAUCUCUCCUCCGUUCUUCGAUAGUCUGUUUCGUCUAACCAACGAAGAAAACAGAUGGGAUACAUAUGCUUCAUUCAAAUAUUAUUUUGAAGAGAAAUACGACAUGUUAAUAGGCAUUACAAAGGAGUGCACUGUCAAAAGUCCCUGGAAAGCUGCCCCCGGCCAACAUGCAACGCAGUUUUUAUCCUUACCAUAUAUGUAGUCCAAUCAUCCGUAGAAACAGAAGCUGUUUUGAAGCACGUUUUUUUUAAUGAUACCAACUGCGAUAUAUAGUUGAAAAUAUCGCACAUGCUUAUGCAGUUUUCUCUAUAAUUCCCAACCGUCAAAUCGAGGAGAUUCACGUCGAAUGUGGGCGUAUCGUUCCGUGGCUAUGCGGCUAUGUGUCGUGGCAACGUGAGGGGACGACGUGACGUAGCGACGUGACGUGACGUGGCGGACUAGAAUUUUGUAAUAUUUAAUGGAAUGUGACUGUUGUAAUGGUAAAAGAAGUCUGGAAACGAAGUUUAUAUAUUUAUUCAUGUGUGGUGUUUAAAAGCAUAUUUAUACAUAUUCAUCAAAUAGAGAUUUUAGAAAAUAUUGUAUAUUGUAUUAAUUUAUUUCGUUGCAAAGGAAAGAAUUUUUUCUAUACA